AUGGCGCAUCUUCCGAUGGACAUAGUCCACGAUUUAUUCCUCUGUCUCCCGGCAACUACGCUGGUCCGAUUCCGAGUCCUCUCGAAGCCUUGCUUCUCUCUGAUCGACAGUCCUGAUUUCGUUGCGUCGCAUCUCAAUCGCACGCUCGAAACCGGAGAUCACGUCAUGGUCUUGCUCCGAAGCCCUCGCCUUCUACGCACGGUGUACCUCGACGCACCGGAUAAAGUCCUAGGUUCCUCAUCCUCUGCAAGCCGGCGGUUUUACUGA